AAGAUUCUUGCCGGUGCAGUUAAGCCAGAACUUGUGCAGACACGGGGAGCAAAGACGAGCGAUGGAUUUCUGAAAAAAAGCAUAACAAAACACAGAAAAGAGCAGGAGGUGUGCAGGAGGACUGAUGGUGGAGGGGAGGAUGACAGCCAACAAGAGCUCCAAGGCUGCCCCUCGAGCCACAGCCAGUAAAACACCUCAGGACAUUCCGGAAAGGUGUCAGUCAGCGUCUCCACCCCCUGUCCUCUCUGCGGGGAAGGCCCUCGCUCGGCCCCACCCUCUGAGUGACAGUGAGGAGUGCUGCUCUCACGGGGGCGGGGGGUACGGGUACGGGUACGUCAGGGUGGGCGAGGCCCGGCUGCGGAGCCUGAGGAACCCGGGCGGGAAGAGCGCCACCCUCUGCAGCGAGUACUUCUCCCAGAGCCGCCUGCUGAAGGCCCGGAGCAUCAGCUGCCUGGACAACCGGCUCUCUGUGUACAAGCCUGCCAAGGACAGGGACGGGAAGGGCCAGGAGCAAGGGCAGGGGCCGGGGCCCGAGCAGACCAAGGAGCCCGAGCAGGCGAAGGAGCCAGUGCAGAAGGAGAACCAGCAGGAGGGCGGGCCCGUGGGGGAUGGACUGAGCAGCAGCGGUGGUCAGCAGGGCCGGACCUGCCCAGGCUCCGCCCCCUACGCCCUCCACCAGCGCAGCCUCUCCCUGGGUCGGCCCGCCCCCGGCGCCCAGGCCGUCGCCAUCCGCAGACGCAUCUCCCAAUGGGAGUGCCGGCGGGGCGCCCCGCCUAGGAUGAGCCUGUGUCUGGACACCCGGGGGGCCCUGGAGGGCCAGGGGCCCCUGUCCCCCACCUGCAACGAGACCACGUUCAGCCACAGAGCCCCGCGCAGGGCGAGCAUCGCCUUCUCCGAGUGCCUCUACCCGGAGACGGAGGAGGAGGAGGGCGUGGCCUCUGACCGGGACCGGAGGCCCAGCAAGACGGACCUGGUGCUGCGCCCCUUCUCCUCCCGCCGGGAGCCGUCUGCGGUCCUGAACCGCAUACAGAAAAUCGAGCAGGCCCUGAAGGACAGCCCCUCCCACACCCCGCCGCUGUAUCCCAGCAGCUGCUAUGCGCCGGAGAGGAUGCGACAGCGGGCCUUCACCAUCGCCGGGCACGGGAGCUCCUGCACCACGCAUGUCGGCAAGAGGGCCAGCGUUAGCUCGUUCCCUGUCGGGAUAGCUGCUUCCACUGCCCUGGGACAGGACAGACACCCCAAACGGGAGCAGAGGGCAGGCCCUGGCAGCCCUGACCCCAGUUCCCCGGAAUCUGCACGGGCCACACCCGUCAACCCCCUGCCCAAACCCAAGCGCACCUUUGAGUAUGAGAUCAACCGGAGUAACGGCCUGCCCCCCAGUGGCUCCCCGGAGUCCCCUCCCCCUUUGCCCUCUACCCCUGCGCCCCCCAUCAUGAGAAACCAGGGCAAAGAAGGGAGCAUGCAGAGGGAAUCGUGCGAGUCAGAGGAUGCCACCAGCCUGCCCUCCUCCUACCCCUCUUCACCCACGGAGAAUGGCACAAUCUCCACGGCAACCCGCACCCGCCCUAAGGGCACUUCAGAGGAGAACGCCUAUGAGGAUAUUGUCGAGGCUCUGAAGGAGAACCCGUACGAGGACGUGGACCUGAAGGGCCGGGCUCUGCUGCGGAAGUCCAGGCUGCUAUCCGAGAGCUCGCGGAACUCACUCAACAGGAUGUGGACCCCCCAGGACAGGACAUCCACGACACCUCCCCAGCUACCAUCCAAACCUGGCAGCCAGUCCCUGCGCUUCGCGGGCCCCUCGGACAGGAAGUGCCACCGGGCCUCUCGCCUGACCAAGCGGCUCAGCCACGACGACACGCUGCUCCUUCCCCCGCUCAGCGUGCCGUCCUCCCCCCGCGGCCUGCUGGACGACGGCCUGAGGGGGGCCAGCGACACCCUGGGGCCACGCUGCCGCCGCAGGGUCCCCAAGCUGGUGCAGAGAAUAAACGCCAUCUACUGUACUAAGAGAGGGAAGAAGAGGCUGAAGAAGCUCUCCUUGUCCAAUAUUGAGGUGUCCUCUCUAAGAGAAGACAACAGUGAGAGCGAAAGUGACUCUGAUGACAGGUUCAAAGCCCACACGCAGCGCCUCCUGAAGCUGCAGUCCCUGCUGCGUCGCGCCCCCAGCUACCGCACCCUGGAGCUGCAGCUCAUCGAGUGGCAGGAGCGCGAGCUCUUUGAGUAUUUUGUGGUGGUUUCCCUGAAGAAGAAGCCCACCAAGAACUCCUUCACCCCAGAGGUCUCCUACCAGUUCCCCAAGUUGGAGAGGCCCACCAAGCAGGUGAGGGAGGCCGAGCAGCGCCUCCGGGCCAUCCCUCAGUUCUGCUUUCCCGAUGCCAAGGACUGGAGCCCCGUGUCGGAGUACAACAGUGAGACCUUCUCCUUCAUGUUGACUGGAGAGGAUGGCAGCCGACGAUUUGGAUACUGCAGGAGGCUGCUGCCCCUGCGGAAAGGGCCCCGGUUACCAGAAGUGUACUGCAUCAAGCGGCUCGGCUGUUUCGACUUGUUCUCCAAGAUCCUGGAUGAAGUGGAGAGGCGCAGAGGCAUUUCGGCUGCCCUGGUGUAUCCCUUCAUGAGGAGUCUGAUGGAGUCGCCCUUCCCUGCUCCGGGGAAGACCAUCCGAGUGAAAACAUUCCUGCCUGGAGCAGGGAAUGAGGUGAUGGAGCUGCGACGGCCCUCAGACUCUCGCCUGGAGCACGUGGACCUGGAGAGCCUGUUCGGCUGCCUCAGUGUGCGUCAGGUGGUGCGGAUCUUCGCCUCUCUGCUGCUGGAGCGCAGGGUCAUCUUCGUGGCCGACAAGCUCAGUACCCUGUCCAGCUGUGUGCAUGCCAUGGUGGCGCUGCUCUACCCCUUCUCCUGGCAGCACACCUUCAUCCCCGUGCUGCCCGCGUCCAUGGUGGACAUCGUCUGCUGCCCCACCCCCUUCCUGGUGGGCCUGCUCUCCAGCUCUCUGCCCAAACUCAAGGGGCUCCCUGUGGAGGAGGCUUUAAUGGUGGACUUGGGUGCAGAUCGCUUCAUCAGACAGAUGGAUGAUGAAGCCACACUGUUACCAAGGAAACUUCAAGCUGCUCUGGAGCAGGCUCUGGAUCAGAGAAAUGACAUCAUCAACCCAGAUACAGACAGCGAAUCCGAUGAAGAGUGCAACUCGUUGAGCAGCCUGGUGUCGGAGGCCUUCAUUCGAUUCUUCCUAGAAGCCAUCGGUCACUAUUCGCUCUUCAUGACGCAAAACGAGCGCGGCGAGCGCAUCUUCCAGCGAGAGCCCUUCCGCAAGUCUGUGGCGUCAAAAAGCGUCCGCCGGUUCCUGGGCGUCUUCAUGGAGUCGCAGAUGUUUGCGGGUUUCAUACAGGACCGAGAGCUACGAAAGAGCAGAGCAAAAGGUCUGUUUGAGCAGAGAGUGGAGCAGUACCUGGAGGAGUUACCGGACACAGAGCAGAGCGGAGUCAACAAGUUCCUCAAAGGCCUUGGAAGUAAAAUGAGGUUCCUCCACAAAAAGAACUAAAGAAAACACUCUGCUGCACCAAUUUGUCAAACAUCAGGUUAUGGAAUCAUCCUUGUAUAAAGACACACAUUAGAAUAUCUGAUGUACCAUAUCACACAUUGUCUAUAGAACCUUUAUUGUAAAUUGGAGGUUAAACUGUUUUGUACAUAUUUUACAGAAAGCUUGCUGUGAUGCUUCUGAAAUUAGCCUUUUCUGUUACACAUAUGAAUGACUUGUGCAUUUUUAAAAACAGCUCGGUUGCUAACGGAUGGUACCUAACGUGCUUGAGGACCCACACACGUAACUACAAAACAAGCUUGUGUGGAGUAUGACUGGAGGUAUGAACACUAAAUGAAUGCAGCGAGUGGUAAUUCAUAUGCAAGUGUGAUUGAGUUUUGUCAGUUUUAUAUCCAAGACUAGCUUGCCUUUUAUAUGAACUGAGGUACUUCACAAGAAAUCCCGUUUUUAGCAGCUUAUUUUUGUAAAUGUACAAAAGAAAACAUGUUCACAUGCCAAUGUUUAACACCACUGAAUGAAAUAAUUAAAAAUAUAAAUGCUCAUAGCUGAACUGA